GUCACAUUCCUCUAUUCUCAACGUUUGCGCGUUGCUACCUUACUUUCCAGCUUAGGGACAAGGGUAUGGGUAUCUGGCUCCGUGUUUAAAAUGAGCGCUCCGCACUGGAGUGAUAUCAAGGAAGACCUGCUGUCGUCCUCCAAGCAACGUUUGUCUGGACUAGAGUCUUUAGAGACUUUGCUUAAGCAAACAAGCUUGGACAAGACGGAGCUUGGGGAGCUCCUAGAUUUGUCUCCAAGCUUGCUGUCGGAUUCAAGCUCAAAGGUUGCGCAGCAAACGCUCGAGGCCCUGGGCCUCGUAAUUCUACGUGCGGACACCUCCAUUGUUCCUUACAUCAACGGCCUUGUGCCCUGCGUGGCUGAGCGCCUUGGUGACAGCCGGCAGCCGGUACGCACACAAGCGCUGCAGGUGCUGGUAGCCCUUUGCAAAGCACUUAAGCCCGAGCUUGUGCUUGACAAGUUCUCAUCCCUUUGGCAACACAAGAACUGGAAGGUUAAGCAGGGGCUACUGGACGUCAUCGCGGAGGUCGUCAGCACCGUCGGCGCCUCCUUUCUCGGCGGGCGCGACCAGAACAACGCUCUUCUGAAGCAGGUCGUGCGAAUGCUGGAGGACCCUGACAUGGUCGUUCGCGAGGCGGCACAAGGAUGCCUUAAGGAGAUCUGCUGCCACGCUCCAGCCGCUGUCGCCAACACAAUUCAGUCGUCCAACCUGCGGCCUGCAGUCCAGCGGGAGGCCCUUUCAAGGCUAGACCUCCAGACGGAGACGACAAUGGCAGAUGUGGCCGUCAAGCGCUCCAGUGGUGGCGUUUGCGCUGCCGACUCCAGCACAGACUACUCCGCACCGCUUGCUGCGAGCAGCGGCCGUGUCAGCAGCGGCGGCCUGGCCAGUUCAUCUGCACCUGCCAGAGACACAGCAGCGCCCCGCCAAGUCGAGGCGCGUCGCCAAAGCGCUGCUAACGCCGGUCCUUCCCAGCCACCUGCGGCUCCACCCAAGCGCGGCGGCUUCAAGGAUGGAGGCGGUGUCACUCUGGAUGGAGAUCUUCCGCCGGCAGCGCCUAUUCCCAUCACAUCCGAGCGGGACCUGCGCGCUGAGCUGGAGGCCGCCACGGCGACCCUGGCGAAGGCGCCGGACACCGAGUGGCAGGACCGCAUGGAGGCAAUGCAGCGCGUGGAGGGCCUGGUGCUUGGCGGCGCCCUGGAGUACGAGUGCUUCUACGAGGCCAUGAAGGGGCUGGCGCAGGUGCUCACCCAGCAGUUCAAGGAGCGUCGGUCUACGAUUGCUCGGCAAGCCUGCCACCUGAUUGGGGUCCUUGCGCGGGCGCUGGGGCCGCGCUUUGAGCCGCAUGCGCUGACCCUGAUGCCGACGCUGUUUGGCGUCCUGGUCAUCACCGUCGCCGUCAUGGCAGAAUCUGCUGACAUGGGCAUGAAGGGCAUCCUGCGGCACUGCCAGGCGCCACGCGUCCUGCAGGUCAUCUCUGACGGCUUGUGCAAGGAGAAGAACCCGAAGACGCGGCAGUUCUGCGCAGGCUACCUCGUCCUGAUCCUGGAGGAGUGGGACGUGGGCGUGUGGGGCCGGAGCUUGGACCCGGUCGAGGUGGCUAUCCGCGCCGGUGCCCAGGACUCCAACGCCGACACCCGCCAGUCAAGCCGCACCGCCAUGGCGCUCUACAACAGCGCGCUGCCGGACCGCGCUCAGGCUUUCCUGAAGCGCCUGGACAGCGGGCUGCAGGACAAGCUGGCGUCAGGCCUUGGGGUUGCCAAACCAGCCAAGCCGGCAGCAGGUGCUUCGCGGCAGUCCCUUAGCGCUGCCAUUGCAGCCAACAAGCGCAGGGCGGCGGCAGCAGCGAACGCAGCUGGCGAGUCCGACAUCCUAGUCGUGGCGUCAGGGCCGGUCAAGCGGGAGCCCGCGGCGGAUUCGCAGCCAAACCCCGCAGCCGGGGCCGCUGCCGUUCCCCGCCCGCGGGGCCCCUCCCGCACCAGCAGUGCCGGAGAGCUACCGCCAGCCGAGGCGCAAGUGCGCCCAGCGGCUGCGCCUGCGCCACCUACCGCCAGCCGCCCCAGCCGGAAGUCCAUUGCACUGCCGCCUGGUCGCAUACCCGGGGGCUCGGCAGACCUGACGUCGCUUCUGGGCGAGAGCAGCGGCAGCGGUCUCCUCGAUCCGAGCACCCAGGCGCGUGUGGCGGCGCUGCGCAGCCGACGUGUUUCGGCGGUGCCGUUCGAGCCGGUUAAGGAGUCGGGAGCAGCGCGGAUACCGCCCGCCUCCGUGCCUCCCACGGCACCCGCGAUGCGCCUUUCAUCGGAUGGAACCGGCGCCUCCCGCGUACCAUGCCCGCUGGGACCGGAGCAGCAGCCGAACCGCCUGCCGACUGCGCCAGCAGUACCAGCUGCCUCUGCGAGCGCGCGCUCAGUGGGAACGUGGCAAGCCGAUAGGGACCGGAGCAGCGGCGCACCCGAUGUAGGCGCGAACCCACCGGGCGCAAGCAGCGGGCAUGUUCCUCUAUCACGUGUCAUUAGCGCAAUCUAUGGCGGUCCGCGCUCAUGGAGUGACAAGGUUGAGGCCUUGUCAGCGCUAGCAGCCCACGUCCGCGCGAGCGUGCCGGGCGCCGGGGAGACAUCCAGCACUAUGGAUGGUUCUUCUUGGCCGGGUCCCGUGCCGAGGGAGCUCACAGCCGAGCCGGAGAAGGUAGCCCAGUCACUGGAGCGCGUACGUGAGCGGCUGCUGGAGGCACUCGAGGAUCCGCACCAGAAGGUGCUGUCAUCCGCUCUGUCGCUCUUUGCGGAUGUGGUGCGGUACUAUGGCCGUGUCAUGGAGGCUCAGCUAGACCGGCUGCUUCCCGUCCUGCUGAACAAGGGCGCGGAGCAGAAGGAACAGUCCAAAUCGCUUUGCGCGGAGGUGCUGGCCGAAUGUGGCAAGGCGUAUCGUCACGACCUCCUCAUUCCGGCGCUCACCAAGUGCCUGGACGUUGUUAAGCCGCCGCGCGGCAAGCAGAUGGCUCUGGAGUUCUUCCGAGCGCAUCUGGACCAGUGGGGAGCCCUCAACGCCACGCAGCUCAAGCACUGGCUGGUUCGGCUGGCGCCGCUCCUAGACGACCGCGCACCUGAGCUCCGCAAGCGUGCCUCUGACGUCAUGGACGCUCUCAUGGCGGCGCCCUGGGCCCGUGAGCCCAUCAACUACGUGGCCUACCAACACAACAACGCGGACGUGGGACCACUUCGGCGCUACCUGAACGCACAGAGUUCACACGUGCCUGCUGCGGCUCCGAGCGGGAUCGGCAGCGAACUUGGCGGCUUCGGCUCAGCGCAACCCCACUUGGCCGUUGCGGGUGCGCCGCCAGCGGCCACCAACGAUUCGCGGCGGCAGCUACCCUCUGCAGCUCCCGCUGCGCCAGUGCAGAUCCCCGCGCAGCCAGCUCCUCAGCCCUCAUCUCGCUGGCCCGGUCAGGCGCCUGGCGGAAUGGAGGAUGCAAGGCAGGCGGCCGCAACGCCGCCAGCUGACGGCUACAUGGUCCAGCCGGGCAUCUCGAUGCAAACGCAGCAGCCGGGCCGGACCUACGCUCCUGGCGCGCAGCCUUCUCAGACGCCGCCUGGCCAGGGCCCCGGUUCUGCUGCCGUGCGUCCCCCUUACGUUACACCUCCUGGCCCGAAUCCAGCGGUGACGCCCCCAGUUGCUAGCUACACCAGCCAGGCCUACACCGGCCACCGACUGGGAGGGGCAGCAAUUACACCUUCGCCGCUUCCCCGACGGCCGCUGCAGAUCCCGCAAGAUCCCAACUCGCAGCAGCUGCUCCUGACGCAGCUGCUGGACUCUGCCCGGGCGGCGGUUGGCGGCGACCCCGCCACCAACCCAGGGGCCAGCAUGGACCAGCAGACGUCAGCGAUGGAGCAGCUGGCUGAUGCGGUGGAGGGCUGUGGCCGCGACGCCUGGGUCCGAAUGUUCCCGCUGCUCAUGGUGGAGAUCAGCGCUUGGGUGCAGCACCCCACCCGGCAAGUGCGCACCAUGUCGUUCGGCCUUCUGAAGGAGCUGCUCGUACACCAGCCGCAACUCUUCACGGACAACAACCUUGAGAGCCAAGUCAUGCUGCUGCUGCACGGCUCCGGGGAUGCCGUCCGCGAGGUUUCCAUGUAUGCGGGCCAGGCGAUGCGCGCGCUGCUGGCGCUCUGCAAUGGACACCAGGCCAUGCUGCUGCUUCAGCUGUUGCUGCCGCGUGAACGUGACGCCCACCGUCGCUCCAAGGACAAGGGCAUGCGGCUGAUUGCCGUACUAGACGGCAUCCGGCAGCUGGCUGCCAGGCUGGAUCGGUCUGAGCUGCGCCAGCUGACGUUCAACCCUCACCCCGAGACGGGCACCACCCUGCUGGAGUCGCUGGUGCCGAACCUGGGCGACCCGGAGACGUCUGUGCGGCGGGGCGUGGUCGUCACGCUGGCAGACCUCUGGUUCCGCCUCGGCCACGGGGUGCGGGACGUGCUGCAGGUGCUUGCUGGACAGUCGUUCAACCUUCUUUGCAUCUACUAUCUGAAGCUUCACAACGUCACCAUCACCGCUGGAGAGCAGAACCCAACGGAGCACCCUCUGGUACUCGGCAGCGGCGCCUGACGGUCAUGCCACCUAGAAUGCGUGACUUAGUUUACGGCCGCUUAAGUGCCAUUGACACUGCGGCGGACAGUUACUUGCGGUGAUGCGCUUCCUGUGUGCUGGGUUGGAUGUACUGGUAUGCUUCGUCCCUUCUCUGCGCGCGAUUAGGAACCACAAUCCAUGUACGGCAGCACGUCAGGAUCACAUGUCAUACCGGCAGUAACGACUGGGGAGCAAUACCCAUUACUUACUCCUAGAAUUUCGUCCUGAAUUAAGUUCCGAUGGUAGAGAGCUUUUCUAACCCGCAUGAUACGGUC